AUGCACAGGGCGAUUAUGUCGCAUUUUUUUCACAUCGCGGCAAAAAUUGGCGGUUUUGAGGGCGUCGAACAUCCGUUCGUGCGACGGGCAACCAAACUACUACAGCUGCAGAGGGGAGGGCAGCAGCAGCUGCAGAGCGGAGGGCAGCAGGAGCUGCAGGGCGGAGGGCAGCAGCCCAAUCAGAGCGGAGGGCAGCAGCAGCUGCAGUGCGGAGGGCAGCAGGAGCUGCAGGGCGGAGGGCAGCAGCCCAAUCAGAGCGGAGGGCAGCAGCAACUGCAGAGCGGAGGGCAGCAGCAACUGCAGAGCGGAGGGCAGCAGCAGCUGCAGAGCGGAUGGCAGCAGCAGCUGCAGAGCGGAUGGCAGCAGCAGCUGCAGAGCGGAGGGCAGCAGCCCAAUCAGAGCGGAGGGCAGCAGCAACUGCAGAGCGGAGGGCAGCAGCAGCUGCAGAGCGGAGGGCAGCAUGAGCUGCAGGGCGGAGGGCAGCAGCCCAAUCAGAGCGGAGGGCAGCAGCAGCUGCAGAGCGGAGGGCAGCAGCAGCUGCAGAGUGGAGGGCAGCAGCCCAAUCAGAGUGGUGGGCAGCAUCAGCUGCAGAGCGGAGGGCAGCAGGAGCUGCAGAGCGGAGGGCAGCAGCAGCUGCAGAGCGGAGGGCAGCAGCCCAAUCAGAGCGGAGGGCAGCAGCAGCUGCAGAGCGGAGGGCAGCAGCCCAAUCAGAGCGGAGGGCAGCAGCAACUGCAGAGCGGAGGGCAGCAUGAGCUGCAGGGCGGAGGGCAGCAGCAGCUGCAGAGUGGGGGGCAGCAGCAACUGCUGCAGAGCGGAGGGCAGCAUGAGCUGCAGGGCGGAGGGCAGCAGCAGCUGCAGAGCGGAGGGCAGCAGGAGCUGCAGAGCGGAGGGCAGCAGCAGCUGCAGAGCGGAGGGCAGCAGCAACUGCUGCAGAGCGGAGGGCAGCAUGAGCUGCAGGGCGGAGGGCAGCAUGAGCUGCAGGGCGGAGGGCAGCAGCAGCUGCAGAGCGGAGGGCAGCAGCAACUGCAGAGCGGAGGGCAGCAGCAGCUGCAGAGCGGAGGGCAGCAGCAGCUGCAGAGCGGAGGGCAGCAGCAGCUGCAGAGCGGAGGGCAGCAGGAGCUGCAGAGCGGAGGGCAGCAGCAGCUGCAGAGCGGAGGGCAGCAGCCCAAUCAGAGCGGAGGGCAGCAGCAGCUGCAGAGCGGAGGGCAGCAGCCCAAUCAGAGCGGAGGGCAGCAGCAACUGCAGAGCGGAGGGCAGCAGCAGCUGCAGAGCGGAGGGCAGCAUGAGCUGCAGGGCGGAGGGCAGCAGCCCAAUCAGAGCGGAGGGCAGCAGCAGCUGCAGAGCGGAGGGCAGCAGCAGCUGCAGAGUGGAGGGCAGCAGCCCAAUCAGAGCGGAGGGCAGCAGCAGCUGCAGAGCGGAGGGCAGCAGCAGCUGCAGAGCGGAGGGCAGCAGCAGCUGCAGAGUGGAGGGCAGCAGCCCAAUCAGAGCGGAGGGCAGCAGCAGCUGCAGAGCGGAGGGCAGCAGCGGCUGCAGAGUGGGGGGCAGCUGCAGCUGCAGUGCGGAGGGCAGCAGCAGCUGCAGAGCGGAGGGCAGCAACAGCUGCAGAGCGGAGGGCAGCAGCAGCUGCAGAGCGGAGGGCAGCAACAGCUGCAGAGCGGAGGGCAGCAGGAGCUGCCCGAUGGGGUGCAGCUUGCGAGGCUGCCAGAGGGGGAGAUGGAGAUGGAGUCGAGCAGACAGGUCUUGCCGGCGUGUUCGAGUGGAGAGGAGCACCCAGACCCUAUGCUGACACCCCCGCCCCGCAUCCCGUGCGAAACCUGUUAUCGCACUUUCACGGAGAGAGGAGAGGCCACGCGUCAUAUGUCGGCCUGCAGGGCAGCGGACGCCAAGCGCCGUGCACAGGCGCUUGGGUUGACCCGCGACGUCACAGACGACUCGGACAGCGAACCUCCGCCACCACGGGAUAUCAGUGAAGAGGUGUGGGCCGCAGUUCCCACAUGGGACUGGGAGUCGUUUUUCGGGAUCGAAUUGGUGCCAGGGAGAAUCAUGCGUCGCAUCCCACAGCGCGCAAGACUGGGGGUGCUUGAUGCACUAGCUUGUAUCCUGAAGCGGCUCAAGUCAAAGGCAGCAGACGAGGCGGCAUCCUUGGUGUUUUUGGCCUUCCCUCGUCUUUUCUUGGGGAUUCCAACCGGGCAAGGCCAGGGGCAGAGGGCGGCAAUUAGGGAGCGGUUGGAGAAGUUUUGGGCUGGGGAGUGGCAGCAGCUGUUUGAGUUGGCGGUGGCGGCGAUGCAACCUGCGGCUCGCCCCUUGUCCUUCACCCCAUUCGAGCAUGAUCCUGAUGCCGUGCGCCUAUCCCGCUGCCGUACAAGGUGCAAAGUGGGAGAAUGGAGUCGGGGUUUGGCGUGCCUUACGGCUGGUAGCAUCGCUCAGCCCUCUCAGCACAUGGUGGACGCGCUACGAGCGAAACACCCAUCGUGCGAGUCCGCCAUUCCUGGGUGGGUGCAGGAGGAGACAGUCGAGCCUUCCCUUAUCCCACAGCUCUCAGUGGAGGUACUCGGCCAGGCGAUCCACUCAGCGGCUAGGGCGUCCGCACCAGGACCGUCGGGGUGGGUGACGGAGCACCUGCGCGACACUUUUCUCUCUGAGCCCGCGUAUCUGUCCCACCUGCUAGAGGUCUUCACCCAGUGGACCAAGGGAGAGGUAGCGGAGCGCGUGCGACCCUGGCUCACUGCGUCCAACUUGGCGGCCCUGUCGAAGCCGAAUGGUGACGUUCGCCCGGUGGCUAUAGGCGAGGUGCUCCCCCGCAUACUAUCUCGGGCCAUAUGCAUCGUGCUUCGCCCGAAGAUGAUGUCGCACUUUGCUCCGUGUAACCAGUUUGGAGUCGGGUCCAGGUCGGGAGUGGAAGUCCUCGCACAUGCCUUUCGCUCCGCCAUCUCUACUCACCCGUCGUGGUGCGCGCUGCAAAUUGACGUGGCGAACGCUUUCAACUCCUUCCAUCGGCGGGAAAUGUUUGAGGGUCUUCGACAGUCGCCUUUCAAGGGAUUGAUUCCAUUUCUGCGUGUCUUCUAUGGCACUCCUAGCGACCUCUAUCUCCGAGCGGGCCCUUUUGUCGAAGCUUUGGCUUCCGAGCGGGGCUCGAGGCAAGGGGAUCCAUUGGGUCCGUUUCUGUUCGCGUUCACACAGCAGCUGGUUAUGGAACCAACCAAAACGGAGUACGCCGACUUACUCUUCCUCAGCUAUGCUGACGAUACGUAUAUCCUGGGGCCUAGGGAACGGGUUCUAGCAGCCUAUGAGGCCUUGCGGGAACGACUGGACGGGCUGGGUUUGGAGGUGCAGCCGCAUAAGUGUAAGCUAUGGGAGCGAGGGAGGGACCAGGAUGGGGAGGAGAGAAAUGAGACUGUCCCGCCCGGCAUGCAGCAGACAUGGACGGGGCUCACUGUGGUAGGGGUGCCCAUUGGGGAGGAGGACUGGGAGGUGGCUAGCCUGCGUCGCCGGCUGACGGAGCUGCAUGCACCUGUCCCCUGGCUUCCUCUGCUUGACCACCCACAGAUUGCGUCCCAUUUGUUGGCGAUCGCAGUGUCGGCGCGCCCGAUCUACCUCACACGGACGAUGCCUCCACGACCUGAGGGCUCUCGCUAG